AUGGGAUUACCAGUAGAUGAUGAUACUACAGUGUACACCUUGUCAUUCGGAGAUGACUGGGCUGUUGUAGCACAAGAUAUAGAUGACUUGGAAUACAUGACCCGAAACCUUAUCGAGGAGUAUGAGAAAUGGGGAUUGGAACUGAAUAUUAAAAAAACUGAAUACAUGUGCAUUAGUGGACAUCAACAAGACCUACGCCUAGCAACAGGACAAGUCAUCAGACAUUGCAACAGCUACAAAUAUCUCGGAAUAAAAAUAUUCAAAGACGGAACACUGGAUGAAGCAAUAUUGGAAAGAAAUAUGCAAGGCAGAAAAGCAGUUUCGAAGCUAAAUGGAAUACUAUGGGAUAAGAAUAUAACUAUAGAAAACAAAAAAAAGAAUUUACAAUUCCAUCAGAAAGCUGAAAGAACGCUAAAAGCCACGGAGAUGGACUUUUGGAGAAGAUCGGCUGGAAAAUCCAGAAAAGAUAAAAUACCAAAUAAAACCAUAAGUCGUCAAAUGCAACUAAAACACGACAUCGUAGAUGACAUUAGAACUCAGCAAUUAAUAUGGUAUGGACAUGUGCAAAGAAUGGAAGAACAUCGAAUCCCAAAGAAAAUAUUAAAUUGGAACCCUCAAGGUAGAAGAAAAAGAUGA